AGUAAAUGGAUUUUAAAGGGUAUACUAUGAAGCAUAUAUCACCAAAUCAUUCUAACUUUCCUCCUCUGAGUCCAAACUCUACCUUCCAACACAAGGAGUUCAAGCCGAGAAGAAUGCCUGAGCAUAUCAGGAAGAAAUUAAACAGCAUCGUUCGGAAAUAAUCCUCAGCUAAAGCAUAAAAUUAGGAAGAGCCCAGUCCAGUAUAAUUCGAGGAUUAAUAAGACUGUUUACAAUAGACCGAACUCUAGAUCUCCUGGUUUUCAGCCAUCACUUAAAACCAAAAUGAAGAGAACAACAGUGAAUAAGAAAAAUUUCUUAGAAAAUUUUAAGAUCCAAAGAAGUGCCAGGAGUGGGUUAAAGAACAAAAAUCCAAAGAACUCUAAGCUUUUUAGGCGAAGUCCUUACCAAGGAGUCAACGAGAAGGCCAGAAUGUUAAGCCCGAGGACAUUUUUGAGCAAGGAGAUAGCUCCUAGAAGGUUUAGCAUAAUGACUCCGAAUAAGCUUCCUUCUAAGCCAAAUAAUAUACCACAAGUUUUAAAUAGAAAUUUUGUUAUACCCAGGCAUAAAAAGUGAGGGCAAAGCCCACCUGUUAUCAGAUUAAAGAAAUCUCCAAGAGAAAUUAAACCAGUCUUCGAGGUUUAUGAAAGCCCCAAAAAGCAGAGAAAUAAAUUUCCAGCUGAAAAAUAGCACUACUAAAAAGUUAUUUGAUUAUCUAAACGAUAAUUCAGAUUCCUCCCCUGCAGCCUGUGCUCCUCCAGCUCAUAAGAAUGAUUCACAGUUCUUCUAUAACUUAACUAAUUCCACACCUGAACCAAAGAAGAGAAAAGAAGCCAAGAGCAAAUUUCACAAAAACACCUUAAGGUUCGAUAACAGCUCUGAUUUAUCUUCUCAAAGCCAGUCUGGGCCUGAAGACCUAUAACAAUAUAUGAAAAUCUGUAAAUACUUUCGAACG